UUUCGAAAUUCAAAUUUUAAAUUUUUUUUUCCACAUCAAAAAUUAUCAUUAACAUCGAAAGAAAAAUGUUUCGAUCACGUAAUAUAUUGUCGGUUGUUGGUAAUCAAUUGAUACGAUCAAAACAAUUAUCACAUCGUACUAUGGUUAGUAUUUGUCGGCAAUCAUCAUUAUUACCGAUGAUUUCAUCAUCAUCAUCAUUAUCAUUGAUAAAUUCUCCGAUUCAACAACAACAGCAACGAUUAUUUGCAUCAAAUGUACCAUUGAAUAAACGUGAACAAGAAUUAACAGAUUUUCUUGUAUCCGAAAUCGAUUUGGAACGUGAAUCACAGAAAAAACCGUUACCAAAAAUUGCCGAUUGGACUAUAACAAAUUCUGGUAGUGAUAUUGUUUUGUUUAAAAAAUUUAACAACGAAGAAAUUACAAUCAAAGCAAAUGUUUGCUAUUCAGUUGAUGCAGCCAAUCCAGAUGUUGAAAAUGGUCAAAUGGUUUGUAAACCAGAAUUUGCUAUCGAAAUCAAAAAAGGUGAUUCAAUACUUGGUCUAAAUUGUUCAUUUAUGCAAGAUGAUGAAAAUGUUGAUGAUGGUGGACAACGUUUAGAGGAUGAUUUUCAAAUAAAUGAAAUUUCAAUUUAUGAAGGUGAAUUUCAAAAAAGUAGCUAUGCAAUUUCUGGUGAAGUAAUCGAUGGUAAUCUUUAUGAUCUUCUAAUGAAUGUAUUGGAAGUACGUGGUAUUGAUCAACAAUUUGCUAAAAAUCUAAUCGAAUAUUCAACCAUUUAUGAACAUGAUCUUUAUGUUGGUCUAUUGGAAAAUAUGAAGAAAUUUUUUUCAAAUUAAUUCGAAAUUCGAAUCAGUUU